AUAGACACCAGGCUGAACAUAUUAACUCAAUUUUGGAUUUAGACAAAAUGGAAAUUAUUUCAUCAAAACAAUUCAUUUUGUUGAUUUUAGCCACUUCAAGCUUACUAACAUCAAACAUCUUUUGUUCAGAUGAAUUAAUGAUGCCCCAUUUUCACAGCAAAGAAAAUGAUGACAAAUAUUCCCAGCCUAAAGGAACCCCAGAAGUGGAAAAGGAAAGAAGUGUCAGUUUUCAAGAACUAAAAGAUUGGGGGGCAAAGAAUGUUAUUAAGAUGAGUCCCGCCCCUGCCAACAAAGUGCCCCACUCAACAGCCAACCUGCCCCUGAGAUUCGGGAGGACCACAGAAGAAAGGAGUCCCAGAGCAUGGGCCAACAUGGAGGCAGGGACCCUGAGCCAUGUUCCCAGCCUGCCCCAAAGGUUUGGGAGAACAAUAGCCAGAAGCAUCCCCAAGACACUGAGUCCUUUGCUACAGAGAUCCUUGCACUCACUGGGCGCCAGUGAGCUGCUCUACGCCAUGACUUGCCAGCAUCAAGAAGUCCAGAGUCAUGGAGGGAAGCAACCAAGGAGACAAGCACUCUCGGAAGCAGAUGAUGCCGACCGGAAACAUGAAAAACAGGAAACCUGGAUCCUCGAAGAUUCUGCGAAGCUGAGACCUGUUGUCUAA